GUAAUCUAAUAGAUAAAGUGUACACACAGUGUAGUCAGAUUAGUCUGUUCUGUUUCUUUCGUAAAAAUUCUUUCUGAAAUGAGUUAAAAGGAGCAAAGGAAGGUUAUUACCGCCGUUCAGGAAAGUAUUAAUUAAUCUAUUAAUUACUACUAAUAGUAAUAAUAAUAAGGUUGACACUUGUUAGUGGCUCAUCAUGUCGUCGAGUUCAUCCUCCUGCGUGGACUAUGAGUCGAUUCCAGCCAUAGCUCUGAACUACAGCGUGAGAAAAAGACUGGCUCUGUAUUUAAACCCCACGAACACGGUGGCAGCAGACUGGACUGAAAUCGCCGAGAAAAUGGAGUUCACCUACCUGGAGAUUAAAAACUACGAGAAGCGAGAGAAUCCCACCCAGAAGCUGCUGGAGGACUGGCAGACCCGCGCCGGGGCCACGGUGGCGAAGCUGCUGUCCUUCCUGGAGCAGGCGGAGAGGAAGGACAUCAUCUCAGACCUGCGCCCGCUUAUAGAUGACGACUGCAGGAAGUAUCUAGAGAGGCAAAAGGAGCUUCCUGUUCAGGUGCCCGAGGUGGACAGCAGGCACCAGGAUCGAGGCAUCACCGUAAAUGACGGUCACAUGCCGGAGAUGUUCGACGCAUUCAUUUGCUACUGCCAGAGCGACUUCCAGUUUGUCCAUGAGAUGAUCAGACAGCUGGAGCAGACCGACUACAACCUGAAGCUGUGUGUGUUUGACCGUGACGUCCUGCCCGGGACAUGCGUGUGGACCAUCACCAGCGAGCUCAUCGAGAGAAGGUGCAAGAGGAUGGUGGUCGUCAUUUCUGAUGAUUAUUUGGAAAGCGAUGCUUGUGACUUCCAGACUAAAUUUGCCCUCAGCCUUUGCCCAGGGGCUCGGACCAAACGGCUGAUUCCUGUGGUCUACAAGCCCAUGACGAAGCCUUUUCCCAGCAUUCUGCGCUUCCUGACAGUGUGUGACUACACCAGGCCAUGCACACAGUCCUGGUUCUGGGUUCGACUGGCCAAAGCCCUGUCCCUGUCCUGAACACCGUACAUCCAGCUCGCUCACUGCCACAACUAGCUUGCUUUAUUGAUGAUUAUCGCUGUACUCUGGCAAAGCUCUGUUUUUAUAUCCUUUUUUAAACUUUACAUCCAUAAGAAAUAUUUUAUGCCUUUUGUACUCUGUUUAACUGGAUCUUUUCUUAAUAAAAAAAUCUGUUGUAUAAACA